AUGCACAUCUUGAAGCCAAUCUGGCUCACCCACGGCGGCGAGAAGAAGAGCUUUGAGGUUUAUUCCUGCGAUGUUUCGCCGGAUGGAAAGAGGCUUGUCACAUCUGCUGCCGAUGGAUACGUCCGAGUCUGGUCGACUGAAGCAAUCUACAAUGCCGCAAACGCUGCCUACGAUGGGCCGAAGCAACUGGCCUCGAUGAGCUACCACUCCGGCACUAUUCAUACAGUCCGUUUCUCUCCAGGCGGCAAAUUCCUGGCAUCUGGAGCAGACGACAAAUACGUCUGCAUAUAUACUCUUGACCCUAACCCGCCGAAGCACUCGACCUUCGGCUCCAACGAAACCCCUCCAGUUGAGCAUUGGCCAGUGUUUCGCCGCUUGAUAGGCCAUGACAAUGAUGUACAAGAUCUCGGUUGGUCAUACGAUGGAACAGUGCUAGUGUCGGUCGGCUUGGACUCCAAGAUUGCUGUGUGGUCCGGCUACACCUUUGAAAAGCUGAAGACGAUCGCGAAUCACUCCAGUCAUGUUAAGGGCAUCACUUUCGACCCCGCCAACAAAUACUUUGCCACUGCUAGUGAUGAUCGCUCAAUCAAGAUCUUCCGCUUCACAUCGCCUACACAGAACUACAGUUCUCACGAUGCCGUCAACAACUUCAUGCUCGAGGCCACGAUCCAGCAGCCGUUCGUCAACUCACCAUUAACAACGUACUUCCGGAGAUGCUCAUGGUCGCCAGAUGGAAUGCAUAUCGCUGCGGCCAACGCCGUCAAUGGUCCAGCUCCUGCCAUCGCAAUCAUUGAUCGCGGCUCGUGGACCGGAGACACUACGCUGAUUGGUCACGAGGCAGCAGUAGAAGUUUGCGCAUUCGCUCCUCGAUUGUAUGGCGCUACGCCAGAUCCGCCUCCAGCAAUGGACGGCCAUGCACCGCACCAUACCACAGUGAUUGCUUGCGGUGGUGCAGACAAGACCCUGAGCAUUUGGACAACACAAAGCCCACGCCCACUCAUCAUUACACAAGAGAUUGCUGAGAAAGCUAUUUCAGACCUAAGAUGGACGCCGGAUGGGAUGACCCUGUUUAUGACAGCUCUUGACGGAACAGUCCUGACGGUCAUGUUUGAGCCAGGUGAAUUAGGCUAUCCACAACCGAUCGAGGAGAAUGCCAAAUCGUUGACAAAGUACGGUACUAUGAGAAAGGGCCAAGGUUUUCCCGAGACAGUCGAUGCCCUGCUUCUAGAGGAGAUGGCUAGAGCGGGCGAGCAGAAGGUGGUCGAGGAGCGAAUGGGCGCACUGAUGGGUGAUGCACAACCUUCGCAGACUAAUGGCACGGUGAAACCGACCGAAAAUGGUGCCACGGACCCAACACUGAACGGGAGCGGUGCGGCCACCAAUGGGGCAUCGACACCUCAAACUCAGAACGAUCAAAGUCAAGCCAAGCUAGAGCGUCUGAAGAAUCGGGUCGAGAUCACGAAAGACGGAAAAAAGAGAAUAAAGCCCUUGCUUGUCUCAAGCGCUGGCGGUGGAGAGUCGUCUUUACCGCAAACAAGGCUGGUGAACGCGGCGGCUGCUUUACAAAGCCUUGAUGCACCAACUAGCGUGCUAGAUUUGUCGAAGCCGUUUGAUGGUCUGCCUAAGGGCGGGCUCGCGGCUUUGCUCUUGGGCAACAAGCGCAAGUAUGCACAGAUUGAAGGCGAGGAAGAAGGUUCAACCGAAAAGCGAGUGGCUGCUGCAAGCAAGAAUGAGCGGACGCCCAUACUGACGAAUGGGCCGGACGGUUUAGCGCUUGCCCAGCCACAGCCUCCGGUCAAUGGGCGACAACCGACACCUGAAUUCAUUCGGCCGGCUGUCGUCAAUCCUGCUAUAUCAGUUAGUCAACUGCGCUUGGCAGUUCCCCGAGUGCGAGCUACCGUCGUGCUGGGUGUCAACGCUGCAGGCAAGCCGACUGAUCCCGGUGCCGACACCGGGAAGGCGAGAGCCGAAUAUGUCUUUGAAAUCAGGAACCCUUCACCACAGUCAUUGACACAGCGUGCUCAGGAUCGAGAACCUGCCAGAAUAUCCCUAACUAAAUCCGGGCAGCCACAGUGGCAAGACUUUUUGCCUCGAACAGUUCUGCUAGCAACCGGCAACAACAGUUUCUGGGCAGCCGCAGACGAAAAUGGUGCGGUCUAUAUUUGGUCCCCGAACGGACGGAGGCUGAAUAGCGCCCUGGUGAUGGAAUCGCAAGCCGUGAAGCUAGAAUCAUAUGACUCGUGGCUACUGUGCGUAACGUCUACCGGCAUGUGUUACUUGUGGAAUGUUGCGACCAUGUCAUCUCCUCACCCACCAGUGUCAUUGGCCCCAGUCCUAGACGCUGCUGUCUAUUCGCUGGCAGCACAUCCAACAGGUGUGCCGGCCAUUCAUCACGUACGCCUCAAUUCGGAAGGACGAAUCAUCAUCAGCUUAUCGAACGGUGAUGGAUAUGCCUAUUCUCCUCAGAUGUACUGCUGGCAGAAGCUGUCAGAAGUAUGGUGGGCGGUCGGCAGCCUAUACUGGAACACGACUGAUUCGUCAGUUGGCAACCUGCAAGCUUCAAAAACCACUCGAGAUGGCGAAAAAAUUGACGUCUCCAGCGGUGUCAUCCCAUGGCUGGAGAGAAACACCACAACUGAGACUCUACUCCGUGGCCGCGCCUACUUCUUGCAGAGGCUCGUCAAGGUCCUGCAGUCGCGAGAGGGCUUCGAGACGUUCGAAGAGGGUGUGACUCUGGCACACUUGGAGAAUAGGCUCGCAGCAGCUCUGAUGCUGGGUGCCAAAGAUGAAUUCAGACUAUACCUCACCAUGUAUGCCAAACGUCUGGCGUCCGAGAACUUGAAGCUCAAGGCCGAGGAGCUUCUGCGAACGCUCGUCGGCGGCAUCGUUGGGGAUGAUGGCGAAGCGGUGCUUGGUGAGGCGGCGACCGUGAAUGCGAGCGAGGAUCGCAAUUGGCGGGAGAGUUCUAAGACGCUGUGCGGCUGGUCGAGGGAGGAGCUGCUGAAGGAUGUGAUACUGGAACUGGGCAAGCAGCGUAAUCUUCAGCGCUCAGUGGUUCCGUACGCCAGGAUACUCAAUCUAGUCGGAGAAGUGACGGCGGCCUCGGAUGAAAUGGACUUGUAA